AUGGCCCGGAGGCCUAUAAAACAACCGCACCGGCACCCCCCUCAUCGAAGCCAUACACUCAUCAACUCCAAGACGCUUCCUCAAAUCGUCCUCUCGGUCCUUGCGCUCGCCGCCGCUCUAGUGCUGGCCCUGCCCGGCACGGCCGUCCUGUCGGCGGAAGCAGCCCAAGCGACGAUCAUCGGGACUUGUUCCUCUGAUGGUCAAGGUUGCCAACUGGGCAACGGUCUGGUCUACUCCUGCUACUAUGGCGGAUGCGGAGGCGAUUGCAAGGGCGUCGGUCCUUGCGAUUUCGAGACUGUGGGCAUGAAGACUCAUUGCGUGUAUGGGUGCUAG